AUCUCGUGACAAGCAGUCAAAGUAGAAGAGACGGCGGCCACGAACUGACCGGGGCACCGGUGCCAAGCUCCUGCUGACACCGUGACGUGUUGCGUGGCACCGCGAGUGGAAGUUGGCCAUGGAAACCAGACAACAAGAUGGCCGAUUUUUGGAGCAUUCGCCUUCGGUGGCACAUGAACGUAUGACGACCGCGUGUGCCCGGCAGGUUUUCUUGACUCGGAGCCGCUGAGGGAAGCGGACGAACACACGACGUCGGACGUCAACCUCAGCAACUCCAUCAUGACGGAGGAAGAGAGAGAGGAGAUCCAAUUGGAGUUAACCAGACUGGAGGAUGAGAUCAGCACACUGAAGCAGGUGCUGGCAUCCAAAGAGAAGCGGCAGGGCGAGCUAAAGCACAAACUGGGCAUCACUCCUCUCGGCGAGCUCCGCGGCAACCUGAGUCGAGGCUGGCUCGAUAUGCAGAGCUCCACCGCGUACAAGAGAACAUCCGAGACUUUGAGCUCGGCGGGACAGAAGACCACGGCGGCCCUCAGCACGCUCGGCAGUGCCAUCAACAGGAAGUUUGGAGACAUGAGCAUGGCCGGUCUACAGUUACUAUUUCCUAGGAGCUACUCCAUCUCACACUCUAUGAGCAUGCCUGCCAUGAGAAACUCUCCCAGCUUCCGGUCUUUUGAGGAGAAAGUUGAGAGUACCGUUUCGAACAUCAAGACUAAAGUCGGAAGUCCUGGGGCAGGAGGAAGCUUCGAGGACGUCCUCUCCUCCACUGCGAAGGCCAGCUCACAGGACACGCCCACUCACAACUUGACGGACACGCCCGAGAGAAUGGAGUAGGAAACGGUAUUCAUGUUUGCGACAUUUUGCGUCAAUACUCCUCCCCUCUCAACGACAUGAGUGCUCACCUCCUUACUUUUUCCAGUUCACUUCCUUUUGAACGGAAACAAUAAAUGAUGAUCAUGCAAUA